GUCCAACUCACCACCACCAUCCAAGCCUCACCUCAAUUGAAUGCAGAAGAUAACAUCAUGUUCUUCACUUCAGUUCUUUAAUCAUUCACCAAAAAUGACUUCCCAAAUGAACUCCACUUUCAAAUACCCAAUGCUCUCCAAACUCCCUUCCAAAACUCCCUCAAAUUCUAGUCCCAACCUUCAUUUCAUAAUCUCAUCAAACAUUCAAUCCAAACAAGAACCAUCAUCAUCCUCCAUGACAACCAAAACUACUUCCAACCAAUUGAAUGUCAAGUUCCAGAGUCUAGAAACCUGCAAGCUUGGCAUCUCCAGCUACCCAUAUUUCCAAUACAAUGCCAAAGGAGGCAUGGGUACAGGUACUGGUUCCCAACAACCCACAUCUGAUGACAUCCAACUCUAUUUUGAUGCAAACACUCUUUACAUUCCUCCAUUAGAGCCUGAGACAACAAGGUUCCUUGGUUUACCAUUGCCACCUUUUCUAAAGAUUGUAAUCCUCCCCCAACUCUUCCAAGGAACUCUCAACAAACAAACUGGCAAGGUUGAACUUCAGUUUAAGGCUGAGUUUUGUUUCUCAGUUGGGAGUAUAUAUAAAGCUCCUCCAUUGUUUGUGGACACUACAUUAACAACUGAGGAAUCAAAGGGAGAGAUAAAGAGUGGGAGAGGAGAAAGGAUGGAUGGAGAAGGGAAAUGCAGGCUGGUUGGAAUUGCCACUGUUGAGUCUGUGAAUGAUGUGUUCAUGAAUUCCUUUCUUGGUCUUCCAACUGAGUGCAUUGCUGAUCUUAAUGCAAGCAUCUCCAUCUCAUAAACAUAUGACAUAUAAAUAUAUUCAUAUAUUAAACCACACUGCAUGACAGUGUCAGUUAUUCUCUUGUAUGCAAGUUCACAUGUCCAUCCACAGCCCUUGUAUAAAAUCUAUUUUACUCUCUAUCUUUCAAUGAUGAAUAGCUUUUGUUUCAA